AUGUCGGACUCAACUCUUUCAGAUGUUUUACCAAAAGCAGAACCAGCUCUCCCAAAAAUUGAUGAAUAUACUUCGUCAACUCCUCUUCCUGAGGUGCCCACGAUGUCAUCUACAGGAGGAACACCGAUACAAACAUCGCUUCCUGAAACAACUUUCUCAUCUAACUCCCCUAAUUCAAUAACCUCGACAUUCAAUUCAAACACCUUAAUUUUUAUUUUAAUUCCCACCAUAGUACUUUUAGCUAUUGGUUUAACAAUAGGAAUAAUAUGUUAUAAACGUUUACAGAAAAAACAAAAAAAAGGAACAAUAUUACAAUUUGAACCAAUGCACCCUCAUGUUGUCGUUGUUGAUGCGGAUGGAAACAGUUUAGGAAAAAGAAGUAAUAGCACUGCAAGUACGAGUAACAAUAGUUUCAUUAGUAAUCUCGGCGGAAAUAAAAAUCCAAGCAGAAUGAUUAAAGUAAUAGCUUAUGAUAAUGAUGAUCAUACAAAAGAAAAUGCAAGCAUAAAGAGUAACGAUUCUAAGAGAAAGACCAUGUAUUAUGAGGAUUAUCAUCGACAAUAA